GAGCAAUCACCUCCGUUCCGUAUUCCCUACUGCCAGUCUCUCACCGUGCAUUCCCUCCUGCGAGUCUUCCAAGUUAUCGCAGAUCGAAGAUCGAUGGUUUCCAGACAAGCAACGCACGCAGACUCGUGGUAUACUGGCAAUGGCAGCAAACUGGAUCAAGAGCUAUCGGGAUGGCUAGGGGAGGUGAAACCUGCUUCCGAAGAUGCUUUCAAUCCCCCUGUACCGGGAACAAAGGCAAUAAUCGCACCUCACGCCGGGUACUCGUAUUCUGGACGAGCAGCCGCUUGGGCAUACAAGAGCAUCGAUACCACUGGAAUUAAACGCGUAUUUGUCUUGGGACCUUCUCACCACGUCUACCUUGACGGGUGCGCGUUGACGCGAUGCGCUCAAUAUGAAACGCCAAUUGGUGCAUUACCGAUCGAUGUCGAGACUACGAAGGAGCUCAAACAGACUGGUCAAUUCUCUGAUAUGUCACUGCAGACCGACGAGGAUGAGCAUAGCAUUGAGAUGCACUUGCCUUACAUCCGCAAGACGUUUGAAGGUCUCGACAUCAAGAUCGUUCCUAUCCUUGUCGGUGCAAUCAACUAUGACAAGGAAGUUUCGUACGGCCAUUUGCUGGCACCGUACCUUGCCAGAGAGGACACCAUAUUCGUCGUAUCUAGCGACUUCUGCCACUGGGGCCUGCGCUUCCAGUACACGUUCUACUACCCUCAGCCUCCGCCUAGCUCAGCUGCCCCGAUCCGCCUCUCCCGCUCUGAGACACCUCCUGCCUCCCUCAAGACCCAUCCGAUCCAUGCGUCGAUAUCCGCGCUGGACCACGAAGGGAUGGAGCUCCUCACGCUGCCGCCGUUCACAGCGUCUCAAGCGCACCGCACAUUCGCGGAUUAUCUGGCGAGGACGAAGAACACCAUCUGCGGCCGUCACCCGAUCGGGGUGCUGUUCGGGGCACUUGCCGCGCUGGAGCAGCAGGGGACGUCUCCGAAGCUGAAGUGGGUGCGUUACGAGCAGAGCAGCGCGUGCGAGACGGUCAAAGACUCCAGCGUCAGCUACGCUAGCGCGUUCGUUACAUUCUAGAACAAUACAGGGUUGCAAUGCGACAUAGAUGCAGAUGCGCAGAUGAUGGAACCAGUACGCGUGUACGAUAGAUUGUAGGGAGCGCAAGAAAGAUGCUGGAUAGAUCCUAUGUGCGAAGUGUCGAUAUAUUCCUAAAGCUAAGCCUGAAAGCCGGGUGGAAGUAGGUGGACCUGGAGCCCAACGGGCUCGUCCUUCUCAUUUUCAGUACCAGGUUCUCCGUGGUGGUUGAUGACCUUGCCAUCGAUGUACACGGCGUCUUCGAAACCCCAGUCCCUGAGGGCGCCUUCCUCCAAAUGAGAACUGUCUGCGAGCUUUAUGGCCUCCCAAUUACCCACAGCAUUCGACAACGUGUCCCUGGGUCUGAGAUCCGUGAUCGAGCAGGUUCCGACCCGCAGCGGGAGUGCACGGUUGUCCACGAGGACCCGGACGAGCCCAAUGAUGGGUGCAGCGUGGCUGACGAGCAGGAUGCGUUGGUGCUUCCCGCCGUACUUGUGCUCCACGGUCGGAAUGAGGGCGCGGAGGAAAUCGUGCGAGCGGUCGUGCAUCUCGGGCGCGUCCUCGCCCUUGCGUGUGGGAUAGAAGAUCGAUUGCCAGUCGUCGCUGAUUUCAGGGACGUGGGUCCGGAGGUCAGUGGCUUGGCCAGGACGCGGGUGGAGGCCAGUGCCGGGGGCAGCAGGAGAGUACCACUCCGAAAGACCAUGUUCAACAUAAAUGGGUAGCUUCAGGGCUUCCGCGGUGGGUUGAGCGGUUUGCAAGCAGCGAUGGUACGGAGAAGAUAGUACAAUUGUGGGUCUUUCUUCCUCAGGCAACGAUAUGAAGAAGUCAGCGAGCUCUUUCGCUUGACUCAACCCGUAAGGAGCAAG